AAUAGCUUCACUCUCCGGCGGGAAUUCGGUCCCUUCACGUCCUGCCCUAAACCUCGUCAAUGUCUAUUAUGUCUAUGUCUAUGUCUGUGUGACUUUUUCCCUCCCCAGACCCCCUCUGCCGGUUUCGCCCGGAGCCAUCUCGCCUUCGUGAGAACCCUCGCGAUACAGUCGCGAUUAGAGCUAGCUUAGCUUGGAAGGUAACGACGGCAUCAAGGCGUGCUGAGCCCACCGAAACUCCAUCUUUCUCCUCCUUCCCGCUCCGCUCCGCUCUUACCAGAAACCAUUGAGGAAGACUUCUGAGCUGGUGUUUGCUAGCAUUUUAUCUGCUAGUUGGAUAUACCAGCACUUUGAGAUUUCGGAAUUAGGGUUUUAGUUUUGGUAUAUGGGGAGGAAGAAGAAAUCUCGUAGAUCUCUCGGAACCUCCAAGGAAGUUCAAGAACAGGAGAUUGUAGAUGCUUAUGAAGGACAACGACUUGAUGGCCUACUUGAAGUAAUUUGGAGGAGCAUUGAGUUGGCUAAGCUUGCAAGAGGAGAAUUGCCUGAUAAAAUAUGGAUCAAGCAACAGUUUGCAGUUGGAGUUAAUGAUGUUACCCGAUUGCUUGAGAGGAUGCCUCUAGGCGAGACAGCAAGAGAUGCUCAUGAAAUUUCAUGUAGUUCGAACAAUAGUAUUAGAAGAUCUACAUUGGUGCCUCUUCAGGUAGUGCUUGUAGCUGCAGAUUGCAAUCCAAAGUGGCUGACGAAGCAUAUACCAGUGUUGGCUUCCUCUAGAAAGGUUCCUGUCAUUCUUGUCAGAGAUGGGAAAGGAGGUUCCCUAAGAUUGGGCGGCCUGUUAAACCUUAAAACUGCUUUGGCCAUUGGAGUGAAGGCGAGGGGGAGCUGUAUCAAUGCUGCUUUGGUGGAGUUCAUCUGAUAAUCUGAUGAAGGAUUAAAAU